CGCAGGCGCAGCGCGAGCGGGACGACGCCGCCGCCGCCCUCCAGCAAAUGCAACGCGAGCUGCAUCAGCACCGGUGCCACUACUUUACUUAAUCUCUGCGCAAACUGCUCACUUACCGCCAUUUUCUAAACGAUUCUAAUCGCUUAUUUCGAUCUAUUUCAAAAAUAGACCAAACCGAAUAAAGAUUUUUUAAUAUAUGUUCACAAAUGAGUUAUUUCGAUCGGUUCAUGCUCGAGACCGAGACCGGAUUGAAGAUAAAGAUUGGGAUUGUUUAUUGAAAUCUGUGGAAUCAAACUGUGCAUAGCAUUAAUAAUGAGUAGGUAAGUCAAGUCAAGUAAUAGACAUUACGCUGCGGACACUGUGUCGUGUGUCGGCAGGUCGGAGAGCGCGUGCGCGGCGGCGGCGCAGGAGAGUCGCGCGGCCGAGCUGGAGGCGCAGCUGCAGGCCGCGUCCGGCACCAUCGCGCGGCUCAUGCGCGACGUGCAGGCCGAGGCCGACGCGCGCCACCGCCUCGACGCCGCCGCGCGCGCCAAGGACGACGAGCUCGCGCGCCAGGCCGCGCUGCUGCGCGACAUGGACGCCGAGCGCGGCCGCCUGCGCGACAAGAUCGACGCCAUGCAGGCCACCAUCGACAACAUACAGAAGGAGCUGACGGGCCCCGCGCCUGCGCCCUGCGCCGAGCGGCGACAGCGGCCCGAGCGCCUGCGCGCCGAGCCCGCGCCGCCGCUCGACCGCAUGCUCUACAACUUCCUCAGCGACGCCAGCGCCGACGCCGACGGACAUGACUCGCCGUUGUCGCUGUCGCAGGUCAAGAUCGACUUGAACGCGAAGAGUCGCGCGUUUUUUAAGAAUAAGAGGUGCGAUGCUAAGCACAAGCGUGCCAAGUGAAGUGCGCGUUACAACACCCACCUGCAGUGGCAAGUCGAGCGGUGCCACUUGCUCGUGUGUCAUUUAUUUUAAUUAGUAUGCAAUAAUUUAAUUAAUGUCUCAUAAUUAAAUAUGUUUUUGUUAAA